AUGGAGCCCCGGACAUUGCCUCUGUUGCUGCCGCUGCUGAUGGUGAUGGUCUGGCCUCUGGCAGUACAGCCUGCGCCCCCUACCUGCUACUCCCGGAUGCUGACCCUGAGUCGUGAGAUCAUGGCAGACUUCCAGAGCCUGCAGGCUGCAGAGCCUGAGGAUUCGUGUGUGAGGUACUUGCCUCGGCUCUACCUGGAUAUCCACAAUUAUUGUGUGCUGGCCAAGCUGCGGGAUUUUGUGGCCUCUCCUCAGUGCUGGAAAAUGGCCGAAGUGGAUGCUCUGAAGGACAAAGUGCGGAAGCUGUAUACCAUCAUGAACUCCUUCUGCAGGCGGGACUUGGUGUUCCUCUCAGAUGACUGCAAUGCUUUAGAAUACCCGAUCCCUGAGACCACGGAUCCUCCAAGCUGGCAGAGCUAAGAAAGCAGGUGGAAUGACCCAGAGGCCUGAAGCUGGGCCAGCUGCCCAAAGCAGAUUCUCAGCACCCAACACCUCCUUUUAGUGCAGCCAUUAGACCUGCCUCGUGUCUCUCUGCCUUCUGGAACACCAGUUAGGAUUAUAUAGCCAAGCCUGCUUUGUGCACAGAUUGGAAGUCAGCUUAUAAGUGUCUCAUGGGCAUUAGAGACACAAACAGUAAAGUACACACUGACUUCUCUUUGAGGAGCAAGCAGCCUGAGAGCAGCAAAACCCCGAGUCUUUGUGGGUGCCUUAAUGAAAUCAUGGGACUAUUCUUUCUGGUUGCCGCUAAACCCAAAGAGGCUUCAGCUUUAUGCUUCCUUCCCACACAAACUUUCCUUCCUUUCUCUCAUUUUAAGGCAUUUUUACUGCUUCUGCAAUGUAUUUACAAGGCUUUUAUG